AUGUCUUACAACGCGUACCCUCCUCCUAACCAACCGUACGGCCAUCCUCCCCCGCAAGGCUUCCCCGGCCAACCCCCCUAUCCCCAGCAACAGCCUGGUUUCAGCAGCCCCCCUCCACAGGGCUACUAUCCCCCGCCGCAAGGCCAAUUUGGCCAUCCCCCUCCCCAAGCCGGUUACGGCGCACCACCACAAGCACCCUACCCCCCAGGUCCCGGCUUCCACGCCCCCUCGCCACAGCCUCCCUUCGGCGGCGGUCCCGGAUACCCCCAACAUGGAGGACCAGGACCAGCCCCAGGCCCCUACGGUGCACCACCCGCCCCAGCCGGUCCAAGCCACUUUGCGCCGUCGCCAAUGCCCUACGGUCCUCCUCCGAUGCCCUCCCCCGGCUACAGCCCUGGUCAGAUGGCACCCGGUGACUUCCGCCAACAAGCAGAUCUCCUGCGCAAAGCGAUGAAGGGCUUCGGAACGGAUGAAAAAACACUCAUUCAGGUCCUCGCGAAACUCGACCCGCUGCAAUCCGCCGCCGUUUGCUCAACAUACGCAUCGCACAUUAAGCGCGACCUGCACAAGGACGUCAAGUCCGAGACAAGCAGCUACCUCCGCCAGGGUUUACUAGCCGUCAUCGACGGACCGCUCAUGCACGACGUCGUGCUCGCACGCGAAGCAGUCGACGGUAUCGGUACAAAGGAAUGGCUCCUCAACGAGGUCGUCCUGGGCCGAUCGAACGCAGACCUCAACGCGAUUAAAACCGCCUACGAACGCACAUACCGCUGCUCCCUGCAGAAGGACGUAGAAGGCGACUUAUCAUUCAAGACAGCCACGCUCUUCGCCAACGUCCUCCGCGCAAACCGCCACGAGGAAUCCACCCCGAUCAACCCGCAACUCGUGCACGAUGAGGCAAAGACCAUCCACAACGCCACCGCCGCACGCAUGGUAAACAACGUCGACGAAGUCUGCGGGAUCUUCGCACGGUCAUCAGACAACGAAAUCCGCGCGAUAAACCGCGCCUUCACAGACCGGUACCACACUUCCCUCGAGAAACACCUCGAGAGCCAGUUCUCAGGACACAUGAAAGACGCACUGCUGCAUAUGCUGCAGACCGCUCUGGAUCCUGCUAUGCGCGACGCCGUCCUUAUGGAAGAUUGCAUGAAGGGCAUGGGAACCAAAGAUGAGAAGUUGGUUGUGAGGGCUGUGAGGGUGCAUUGGAAUCGGGCGCAUUUGGACCAGGUCAAGGGGGCUUAUCGGCAUAAGUAUAAGACGGAGUUGGCUGCUAGAGUGCGCGGGGAGACGAGUGGGGAUUAUGGACGGUUGAUGGUUGCGUUGGUGGAGUAA